GUGGUGGACAUGCGCGCGUGAUGUCUCUGAGGUUGUGUUCAGUGUCGCCCCUCUCUGUGGAGUCCUACCUCCGAGUCAUUCCUCGUGGCUUUACGUCUAUUAGAGAAACGCAGCGAGAUGAACAGUUCGCUAAGAUGGCGUAGUGUGUUUGCCUGCAUUUUGAAAUGGAUUGCUCUAAUCUGAUAAAGGUGAUACUCGUAACUUUAACCAACCCCCUUGUGAUUGUGUGGUGUGGGCGAAAAGUGUGUUAAAUCCGAAAUCGUGACACAAUGCGUGAGUUCAAAGUUGUGGUUCUCGGAUCGGGUGGGGUUGGGAAAAGUGCAUUGACGGUUCAGUUUGUUUCCGGAUGUUUCAUGGAAAAAUACGAUCCGACGAUUGAGGAUUUCUACCGGAAGGAAAUCGAAGUCGACAACUCCCCUUGUGUUUUGGAAAUACUGGAUACAGCAGGGACGGAGCAAUUCGCCAGCAUGCGCGACCUUUACAUCAAAAACGGGCAAGGGUUUGUGGUGGUGUACAGUCUGACCAACCACCAGACGUUCCAGGACAUCAGGUCCAUGAAAGAACUGAUAACGAGGGUGAAGGGCACCGAGAGGGUGCCCAUUCUCCUCGUGGCCAACAAAGUCGAUCUGGACCACCAGCGCGAGGUGCAAACCAGCGAGGGCAACAGUUUAGCCCAACAGUGGGGCUGUCCUUUUAUCGAGGCGAGCGCCAAGAACAAGACCAACGUUAACGAAGUGUUCGCUGAAAUAGUUCGCGAAAUGAACUUUAGCCCCGAAAAGGAAAAGAAAAGUUACUGUUGUUGUACAGUGCUCUAAUAGCGGCCUCAUUUCUCUAAAUUUAUGGGAACAAUGUGUGAACUCUAAUAAUUACAUAUAGCACUGUGGACAAUUAUCUACAUUUAUAAAUAAUGCUCAUCUCUAGUAUACUUAACGUCAUGGAUGAAUAUUGGCUUAGAAAAUGCACAAUAUAUUUUUAUACAUUGAACAAAAUCAACGUAAACGAUGCAUAACUAUUUUAUUUACAAGUUUUUUAAACCGAAUCAUAUCUACCAUAAGAUCUACAUUUGAUAGUGCCUGAAACUAGAAACACAUGCGAAUGUCUUAAUGGUUGAUGUUAUUGAUCGGCCUAAUCAAAUGAUUGCUGGGCCUUUAUCAUGCAUACUUAUCUCAUCUUUGAUGGUACUGUAAUAAUCAUGAGCUCAUAUUGUACAUAAUUUAAUCUAAUAUUGUUUUAUCAAAAGAUCUGUGUUUGUAACAUAAACUUUUUCAAUCAAAAGUGAUGCGUGCUUGCAGAUGGAUGCCUGUAGACUAAGUAAUAAUGUUGCGAUAAUGAGUGCGAUCUGAGAGCCAAAUACGAUUUGUGAUAUAUACGUAUAAUAAAAAAAAGAUUUAAGUGGA